AUGAGCAAUGGAGGUGGGGAAGGUGGAAGUCAGAGAAGAGAGUUACAUGGGAAGAGAAAGCUUUUCCGAGGCAAUGAUUUCGCGUAUGCCGUAGCGAGGAUGGCAGUGGCACAGAUAUGCGAAGGUGUAGAGAUUAAUGUGUAUCAAGAAUCACAGGCACGCGAGGGUGGUAGGUUUAGUUCUUUUCAAGAAUCUGCUCUUGAGACAAUAACCGAUGUAGCGGUUCAGUAUAUACAGAGCAUUGGGAAGACUGCUCAGUUGUAUGCUAACGUAGCCGGUAGAGUAGAGGGUAAUUCUCUGGACAUUGUCCAAGCAUUGGAGGAUUUGGGAUCUGGUUUGGGUUUUGCUGGUAUUUCAGAUACUGACCGUUGUCUUGCUGAUUCCGGUGUAGUCAAGGAUAUUAUUCGUUAUGCUGGAGAAGCGGAGGAUAUGCCAUUUGUGUAUUCUCUUCCCCGUUUCCCGAUUAACAAAGAGAAAAGACAGGCUCCUAGUUUCUUUGAGGUUGGAGCAGAACCUCCAGAUGAACACAUCCCUGUUUGGCUUCCUGCAUUUCCUGAAACGAAAAUGUGUAAUCGAUCAGAGGAAACUAAUGUAGGCACAACCGAAGGAGAAGUUCCGAGUAAAGAGAAUGGGUCAACUUUAUCGAUUGUGCAACAUUCUGUCGAUGGUGGUAGGUUAGAAAUUCUUAAAUCUCCAAAGGAUGUUCAAAUGCCACCAGAAGGAGAAGGAAUUGUGGAAGGUAACCCGUUUCUAACCGCGCCUCUUCGAUUAGUGGAGAAGGAAGUCUCACCUGUGUUCCGCCCUUUGGAGCUUUCAAAUGAAGUUGUUAGCAUCAACGACGUUCUUGAUAAGCAUAUGAGCAACAACCAUCACAUCCCAGUUCUUGAGGCAUCUGCUCCAUUGGAUGAGAUCAAUAAAAAGAACAGGUUAGCUGACGAGGAUGGAGAGAAGAAAGAUGGUGCAAGAAAUUUGGUACGUUUCAAGCUGGGGACUAUAAAAAGACCGACAUGUUUGGCAAAAAACCGGAGCUUCCAGGAACAGGGUUGGUUUCAAGAAGGUGAAGACAGGAGGGAGAAAAGCUUAGAAAUUGAAGAAAAGUGCAAAAGAAUCGAAUCCAGAAUUGUCGACUCCGAUGUAAAAUAG